GAAAGGUUUCCCUGGUAUCCAAGUGGCUUUGAAUCAAGAAAGGAUUCAAACAAGCAAUCUCUUGCAAGUAUUACAUCAUAAAGAAUGCCUCAUGUUUACUUUAGCCAGGGAAAUGGGCAACAAGGAUGUUGAUUCCCAGUGGAUGGCCUUGGGAUGCUAUGAAAACAUAUGCCAAACAGUUACCAUCAUUAUCUUGUAAUGAAAAUGAAUCAUCCUUUCUUUCUUCUGACCUGUUCAGAAAUGCAUUUUGUAUUAUUCAUCAAACUGGUGAGCAAGGAGUUAAUUUGAGGGAAAUUUCGCAGGCAUUGCAUCCACUAGGCAUGCAAUCUAUCAACUUGGUUGUUGAUACGCUUAUUAAAUUUCAGCUGGUCAUUAAGGUCAAUGCAUAUGAUGGUGAGCAGAUUGUCGAUUCAUUACAUAAGCCAAAGUAUCAUAUAACCACGCUUGCAGAAUACAGUUGUUGCAGCUGUUUGCAAGCUCCGGCGUUUCAAAUAGCAUCGACCGGCGACGGAAGAAAUACACAGAAAGAGAAGCAUGUGAUGCCUAUUAAUUUGCAGGGAACUGUAAAAAAGCUUGGUGAUGGGCACACUGUGACAGUUACUAAUGCUCAAGGGAAGCAGAGCUCUCAUUUGCGCAGUCCUGGAGAUAAUGAAAGAUCGUCUAUUUGGCCCUGGGGUAGUGGUUGCUUUCACGUUUGCGAAAGCCAUAUUUAUCAUCCAAUAUUGCCAUGGAUAAAUGGUGAUGGCAGCAUGAAUAGCACUCUCUAUGAAGGUUUAAGUCGUCGAGUUAUUGGAUACGUCAUGCAAUAUCCAGGAAUCGUGGAGGAGGACGUUAUCCAUCGGAUGGGUGUCCUGAAUCCUCAGACAUGCAGGACCUUGCUGGGAAAGUUGACAACCGAUAGGCACCUCUAUGUUGGGGUGUUGGAUGAACCAGUGCCUACUGCUCCGACCAUGCUGCAGAGUCUCUUGGCACAAGGUCACCAUGAAGAGCCCUCCAAGUGCGCCAGGCGGUACUUCGCUAAUCCAAUGAGUACCUUUAUGCUGUAAUAGGACAGAAAGGAUGGCUUGUUCUAUAGUUACAAAGCCUGUGUGAUGUGCAUUAUAUUGCCCUAAUAUUGUUCCACACACGCAAAGAGGCAUGCUUACAGGC